AGCUGAUUACUUUGGAAGUUGUAAGCUUAAACGCGUAAUCUAUCAGGCACUACGAAAUCAAAAAUCUACUUUUACUGCAUAACAGUGAAUGCCCGGUCCGAUGAUUACUAACCGUCUUUAUUAGUGAGAUUGAGUAAUGCAAUACAAGCCGCAGAUAAUCAGGAUCCAAUUCAAAAGUGUAUUCAGCCUUCUCCUAAUCCAUCGACAUCUCAACUAUCAGCCAUUUUUAAUCAACCAGAUGUGUAUCCACCAUCCAAGGAAUCAACCAUUUCCCAAACCGCUUUAAAUAUUAAAAAAUUUUCAAUACAAUCAGAAGAAGUGGACCACAAUGUCGAAUUGACAGACAACAGCACACAAUUUCCGGUAUAUGAAAAUAAAAAGUCGACUAAAUUUGAUUGUUAUCAUUUUAAAAAAGUAGUGCCAUUAUGCAGUGAUAAAAAGUUGUUACCACUAAUCAUAAUCUGUUCUGUGCUAACUAUUUAUUCCCUUACCCAAUUUGUAUCUAUUUUUAUUUUAUUAUACCAGUCGAUAAAGAACCCUUUACUCGCUCAUCAUAUAAUCUAUUGUUUAUUUUUAAUUUCAUUGAUUGUAGAGUUUUAUUUCUUAUUUACUAGAAUUAAUAACAGGCAUACAUUAGGCGCAAUUAUGUUUGCCACCUUAGUUAUGACUUAUGUGAUUGUUAUUUACAAUUUAGCAGUAUCAUUUAAACAAGUAUACCAUGUACAAUAUGUCAUACCAAGUGUGAAGAGUAAGAGAGCUGAAUGCAUGAACACUCUACAAUCACAAUCAUUAUCUGUAACAACUACAACAACAGCGAAUAAUAAUAUUAAUAAUAGUACUAUUAUUGCUACUGCUGAUACUAUUACCACAAAAAUUGCUACUAAAAAUGAUGUCAGUAACCUAAACACUACUAUUAAUGCAAAUACGUAUACACUUUGCCCUAUAUUAUGGAUUAGUAAAUGUGAUGCCGUAUGCGAAAACAAUGAAUCCGCUGUAGUUUAUAUCUUACUUAUUUUAAAUAUUUUUAAUUUUAUAAUUCCAUUAUUAAGUUUAUUAUUUCUAAUAUAUUGUCUAUAUUCAGAAGAAUAUGAUAGUACAAAUGAUGAACACUGUGAAGCAUAAGAAAUAAACAAAGUCACAAGAAUGCAAAUACCAGUAUAUGUAUUUAUUGAUUUCUAUCGGUAUUUGCUUUAAGGUGAAUUAUUGAGUGAACUAAUGGCUGAGAGAAGAGAUCACGAGAAAGAGUUUCAUACUUCUUUAAUGAAAAGUUGGG